GCGCCGACUGCACGACUGUCGGCCCAGGGCACUCUGCGGCCUCCAGCUCCCGGGACCGCGGCCCCUGCCCCUCGCCAGCGCCUCUGCCAGGUGCACUGCCUCCAGGUGCUCCUGGACGCGCCAGGCUGGGGCCGCCUCUAAGCCCCCCGCGGGGGCCAUGGACAGCGAAACAGCAGAGGAGCAGGGGAGUCCUGCGCCCCCUCCAGUUGCACAUGGCGGACCUGGCUUUAGCGGUGCUCUGGCUUGCGGGGGGCGGCGGGAGCCGAAGAAGUACGCGGUGACCGAUGACUACCAGUUGUCCAAGCAGGUGCUGGGCCUGGGUGUGAACGGCAAGGUGCUGGAGUGCUUCCAUCGGCGCACUGGGCAGAAAUGUGCCCUGAAGCUCCUAUAUGACAGCCCCAAGGCCCGGCAGGAGGUGGACCACCACUGGCAGGCCUCUGGCGGCCCCCACAUUGUACGCAUCCUGGACGUAUAUGAGAACAUGCAUCAUGGCAGGCGCUGUCUCCUCAUCGUCAUGGAAUGCAUGGAAGGUGGUGAGUUGUUCAGCAGGAUUCAGGAGCGUGGCGACCAGGCUUUCACCGAGAGAGAGGCUGCAGAGAUCAUGCGGGAUAUUGGCACUGCCAUCCAGUUCCUGCAUAGCCAGAAUAUCGCCCACCGAGAUGUCAAGCCUGAAAACCUGCUCUACACGUCCAAGGAGAAAGAUGCGGUACUUAAGCUCACUGACUUCGGUUUUGCCAAGGAGACCACUCAAAAUGCCCUGCAGACACCCUGCUACACUCCCUAUUAUGUGGCCCCUGAGGUCCUGGGUCCAGAGAAGUAUGACAAGUCAUGUGACAUGUGGUCCCUGGGUGUCAUCAUGUACAUCCUCCUAUGUGGCUUCCCACCCUUCUACUCCAACACGGGCCAGGCCAUCUCCCCAGGGAUGAAGAGGAGGAUACGCCUGGGCCAGUAUGGCUUCCCCAAUCCUGAGUGGUCAGAGGUCUCUGAAGAUGCCAAGCAGCUGAUCCGCCUCCUGCUGAAGACAGACCCCACGGAGAGACUGACUAUCACACAGUUCAUGAACCACCCCUGGAUCAACCAAUCGACGGUGGUGCCACAGACCCCGCUCCACACAGCCCGAGUGCUGCAGGAGGACAAAGACCACUGGGAUGAAGUCAAGGAGGAGAUGACCAGUGCCUUGGCUACCAUGCGGGUGGACUACGACCAGGUGAAGAUCAAGGACCUGAAGACCUCUAACAACCGGCUCCUCAACAAGCGGAGAAAAAAGCAGGCAGGCAGCUCCUCGGCCUCACAGGGCUGCAAUAACCAGUAGCUCAUGGGGCCUUGGAGGAACCAGGCCUCUCAGCCUGGGUGACAGACUGGAGUGUGCUGAGGCCCUGGCCAGGAGGGCCCAGGGUCAUUCUUACAACAAAAGGAUUAUUUUGUUGUGUUUUAAUUUGUCACUUGAAACUUCAGGAUGGAGAACCCUGACCCAAAACCUCCUUCAGAGCUCUGGCCCAGGCUCAGGCUGAGAGAGGGUCAGAGGUGAGGGGCUGAGGAGCCGCCUGCUGCAGCUGCAGCACCUCUUGCCAGGGUGGCCUGAGUGAGGCCUCAGCUCUGUCCUGCCCUGGGGCAUGGCCUUAGCCUUCCAGGCCACUGGGAGUUGUGGCUGGGCUUCCCAUCUUCCACGGAGACACCCCACUGUGGGGUGGGCAGAUGGGCCUGGCCUUGAGAAAGGCAUUGGGCCAUCGGUUGCCAUGGUGACCAGGGACAGUGCUGCUGUCUGUGACUGCAGAGUAUGUGAGCAAGGGAGGGAGGAGGGGCAGUUGAGGGUCCAUCUCUGCCUUCUUAGGGAGGCUGGUCUCUCUCACACUGGCUGCCCCUCUCAGGUUCACCCCUCUUUGGUCUCCCUGAGGCUGCAGGGUCCAGUCUGCCUGCCUCCCUGGGUGGUCCAGCUCUGCAUUGCUGCUGUGCCAGUCCAGAGGGCACUCAGAGCUGUCCCCUGAGGGAGUGCCUGGGCCUAGCCAUUCUGUCACUACCCCAUACCCAAAGGGUGUUUUUUUUUUUUAAUCUCAGCUGAAGGUGAGGGGUAUUUUUAACCCUUUUCCACUUUGGAAAAUGUCACUGUGACAAAAGCCAGUAUACUUCCCUUACCCCCACCUGCUCACCAGAUCUCAGGCAGGAAAUCCCCUGUCUGUUGCUGGCAGGGGCUACCUGUCGGUGCGCUUUUGUGAAAGUGGAUGGUUGGGGGUGGGGCCAAGAGGCUUCCCAUUAACCAGGCGUCUCUUUCUAUCCUCUGGGUCAGACUUGAGGUGGUAGGAGGCUACUGAGCAAUGCCCAUUAGAAGUCUGGUUCUGGCUCAGCUCGGGCCUGCCUCCGAGCAGAGAGGACCCCUUCCUGGCUGACCCAGGCUUACCCCGCCCCAUGCUGCCCAGGGUAGCCUCAGGGUGCUGAGUGCCUGGUAUGGGCUGACAAGUGCCUGACACCCAGCCUGGUUCCUGGCCCCUCUCUCACUGGCUGGGAAACCCUAAGCCACAGCAGAUAGGACAACACUGCUGGGUUUUACAUGCAGAUAUUAAUAAACACCAUUUUGGCAUU